CAUGAACACACACACUGACAGAAGAGCAGGCUUCAUUUAAUCUCUGGACAGCACGCGCACACACACACACAGCACAGUGAUGGACGCGGAGCUGUUCUCGGAGCAGGAGCUGACCUGCUCCAUCUGUCUGGACCUGUUCAGCGAGCCCGUCUCCACGCCCUGCGGACACAACUUCUGCCAGGGCUGCAUCGGGGGCUACUGGGCCUCCAGCGCCGUCUGCUCCUGCCCGCUGUGCAAGCGGGAGUUCGAGGAGCGGCCGGAGCUCAGCAUCAACCGAGUGUUUGCCCAGAUCGCACUCAAAUACCAGCAGAUGCGCUACGGGGAGGCUGCGCAGGCCCGGCAGGAGAACCCGAGCGCAGAAGCGGAACCAAAGCUGGAGCCGGUGUUCUGUGACGUCUGCAGCGGCGUGAAGAAGCCUGCGCUGCGCUCCUGCCUCACCUGCACCGCCUCCUACUGCGACACACACCUGCAGCCGCACCUGCACACCCCCUUCUACAGCACACACCGCCUGCUGCCGCCGCACGACGCCCUGCGGGGACGCACCUGCCGCGAGCACGGCCGCCUGCUGGAGGUGUUCUGCCGGACCGACCAGCGCUGCAUCUGCGCCAUCUGUGUUCUGGAGGAGCACCGCACACACACCACUGUCUCUGUGCAGACCGAGCGCGCUCUCAAACAGAGGCUGCUGGGUAAGAUGGAGUUGGAGCUGCAGGUGUGUGUGGACAGGAGAUCUGCUCAGCUGGCGGAACUGAAGACUAAACUCCUCACUGUACAGAGAUACAGCCAGGCGGAGCAGGCCGAGGUGGAGCAGCUGCUGUCAGACAUGAGCUCCUCCAUCCAGCGAAUCCGCUCCGAGCUGGUGGGCGGCAUCCAGGACAAGAGAGAGGCUGUGAUUGGCCGAGGCCAGCGAAUGGUGUCGCAGCAGGAGUCCAAGCUGGCGCAGCUGCAGGAGCACAGGGCUCGACUGGAGGCUCAGGCCAUCUCAGACGACCACAUCGGCUUCCUUCAGAGCUUCCAGGCAGCCAGCGGCCCCAUGCAGGAUGAGGCGGGGCAGGAGGCGGAGCAGGAGGCGGAGCUCACACUGCGCUUCUCUCUGGGGGACGUGAAGGCGGCGCUGGGGGAGAUCCGGGACCGGCUGGAGGACAUCCGCAGUGGAGAAGUGCAGUACAGACACUCCGUGUCGACAUUAGCAGAGAGUGAGAGCAUGAUGAGUGUAAGAUCCAUGAGGAGGAAGGACUGGUCACUUAAAGAUCUGCGCAGGAUAAAGACAGGACACAAGAAGGUCAAAGGUUAUCUGGAGGACGUGAGCCUGAACCCGGUCACUGCGUACCCGUUCCUCAUCCUGUCAGAGGACCGGAAGCAGCUGAAGCGUGGAGAGAAGCUGCAGUUCUACAGGAACAACACACAGCGCUACGACGUCUGGUCCUGCGUCCUGGCCAAGGAGAGCUUCCAGACCGGCCGACACUACUGGGAGGUCAGUGUCGGGGAGAAUCGGGACUGGAAGCUGGGCGUGGUCUGCGAGUCGGCGCAGAGGAAGGGUCUGUUUGACAUGACGCCGGCUGCUGGCUACUAUGCCCUCUGGUGGAGCGGGAACCACCUGCGCGCGCUCACCGCCCCAUCUCUGUCCAAGGUGAAGGUGGCAGGUCACCUGCGGCGGGUCGGGGUGUACCUGGACUGUGAGGAGGGCCAGGUGAUCUUCUACAAUGCCAAGAGCGGCGCAGAGCUGUACUGCUUCAGCGGGCCGCUGUCCGAGAAGAUGCUGCCGCUGUUCGGCACCGCGGAUAAAGAGGUGCCAAUGGUGCUGUGCAGCGCUGCGGACUGACCCCUGCUGGACACACACAGCACUGCAGUGCAGGACUAUAACAGAAAGAGGAACUCACUCUGGAGCCCGCACUGACACUGAACACACACACAAACACAUUCACACACACUCUUACUCACCGGUUACUGAAAUGUCCACAAUAGAUGUGUGAAAGACGUCUCAGCAGCAGAUCCUCCAUGAGCAGCAGCAUUAUGAGCAGGACUGGAGGACGGGUCUCACUUUCACACUGCAGAGCUUGAAGAGGCGGAGGAGGAAGAGUCACGGCACCUCCAGACCUGCAGUGUGGAGGCACCGAUGAGGAGCCGCAGAGCUGAGCUGUUCACCACACCAACACUCCUUUACUCAUGUUCAUUUGCACAUCUCUCUGACAGUCUGACUAACCCAAAUGCAGAAUAAAAUCAUCAGUCAUGA